CAUCGAUACAAGUCUAUCGAUAUACAAUCGUCAGGGCAAGUCUCGAUGCUCGAGUUGAUAAAUACCAACUACCUACUUUUCAUCGACACAUUUCACAACGAACGAUCAUCCGGAGUUUCUAUUACCGAUAUUGCCAUUCGUGUGAUCGAACUCGUCGAGUGUUCGCCAUUUGCCCAAACGUCAACGUCGGCUUCAACUUUCGGGGUCUCGUUCGCGCAGAAUUUUCGUCCUUGCCGAUUCAAGUUUAGAAAGAAAGCAGUUUUUAAUAACGGAGCGAUACAGGAUAAAAAAACGGAAGCACUUUCUGAAAAAGAUCUGCUUCGGAAGCGUUCGUUCCAAAGUAUGUAGAAGAAAUUUAGGGGAAAGUGGGUUCAGAUUUCUGGAAGAUGUUCGCGGAUACGGAAGAUGCGUCUGACGUCGACAGAGAUUUUUACAACGCUCUGGCUCUGCUACAUUCAACGGACGACGACAGCGCGGACAGACUUCGUAAAAUGUUGGAUGCGACCAUCGAGAGGAAGUGCGGUUUUGACAAAACUUUAAUGGCAAGCAUGCCGAAGAAAUUUCUACAAAAUACCAAAAUUCGUGGGAAAACGUUCUCGAGCGGCAAGUUUGACAACCUCCACUGUGUCGUCUCGCGGACAACCGGAAGUGCCUCGAACAAGUCCGCGAAUCUGACAUUUCUCGUGGAUAGCGCCAUGGAGAAAAAUUGGAAUACUGUACAAAUAUUGGAGGCAGAGGUUGAAGAUUACACCGAAAAUGGGGACAUUCCGCGGAUUUCCAUCCCAGACGAGGGAUCGGGAGAUGGACUCGUGUGCAAGGUCUGCAACGGAGCAAAAUUGGGGCCACUGAUUCUGCUGGAGUGUCAAGACUGUCAGGAAGUCUACCACCCCCUUUGUCAUCAGCCUCCCGUCGUUGACAUCGACGUCUACGAUCCUAGAAUCGUCUGGCGAUGCAGCAACUGCAUGGACACCGCUUCGAUAGACGCUGCUGUCGCUUUCGAUGAAAGGAAACCGAAAGAGUUUCAUCAGCACAACGACGAGAGCAACAGGAAAGAAGCUUUUACGAAAAUGGACAAAUUGGAAGAAGCGGACGCGCAUUCUUCGAAGAACGAAACUUGUAUCGUCGAUCAAGAUUUAUUGGAUGUUUUUCAAACGACUGCUUGCACCGAAGAAGCUACAGUAUACGCGAAGGAUUCUUCUCAGGGAAACCAGAAAACUAUGAGAACCGCAUCGUCGAACCAGUUGAAGAAACGAAUCGGAUCGAAACUUUCGGUGACCCGCGCUGUAAGCAAACAAUAACAAUGUUCUCAACUGAAAGCAUACGAACUACUUCCUGCAUUUUCUGACUAAUUGAUUUAAUGUUUCAAAUACUUUUGUAGACUGAUAUAGUUCAUUGCACAAAUCGAUCAACUCUGUGAAACAAAAAGUUGAGAAAUGCGAUGAAAUGGGCUCGGAAAUAAAUUAUUUAUUAUUCAAUGCUUAACAAAAUUUUGUCGUUAAAUGGUGUUAAUCUUUAUUAUUCAGGAAAGUUAAUCGAUUUGUGCAAUGCAUGGCUCAAUUAAAGCUAGACACUAGCAAGGAAAACUGGGCGAUGGCACAGAUCUGAAAUCGUAAAAACCAGGCUAAAAUUCAAAAAAUGAAAGUUCCUGUAUCGAAAUGAAUACAACGCCAUAUUGUUUAGUGACAAGAAGUGCA